UUUGUAUUUCAUUUUGGGUCGUAUAACGCUGUAGAUAAAUACUAUAAAUCUUGACACAGUGUGUGCAACCUACUUGUGCAUUUGGCAAAAUUAAGCACUCGCUCGUGGUUUGGACAAACGGUGAAGGCUACCGUGACAAAACAAACACAGAGAUGAAAGUAUUCCAUGCUAAGGCUGUUAACAUGUAUCACGGCAUAUAUUUGGAUUAAAAAUGAUAUACAUGUACUUAAGUCCAAAGACACAAUUCAUUUUUAUUUAACGGGUCAUGCGUAGAAAGUCAGCCGAGCUGUUUUCAAGGCGUUGGUCACGUGACAGCCGGCGUCGUUGCAAAAACAACGUUUUGAAGUUUUCUUCAUAUUUAAUGAUGCCACUACUGUAUGUGGACAGUACACUAGUUUAGAGUGCUGUGAUGCUGAGCAAAAAUGUGGCCGUGCUUUUUAUUAUUAUUCGUCCCUCAUUUUGACUCCUGCGUCGUUUCCUUGGCGAACAUUUCAAGCGGGGGCGUUUCCCGUUCAGGCCGCCGAAGGGCGCUGCGCCCCCUCCGAGACUCGACGCCAGACAGUCACGCGCAGCUGCCGGUCGGUCUCGCAGGAGACCAGUCGGCCAGUCGGCCAGUCGGCGAUGUGGCGCUGCCACCGAGCCUCAGUCUGGUCUCGGUCUCCUUCCAGCGCGCAAGCGGAGGAUUGCGGACGAGCGUCUUCAACUUGGAUUUUUCGGCCAUGUUUGCCGUCGGGCUAAACAACGAAUUCGCUUUUCUUUUUUAAUUUUUUUUUUGUUUUAAUUAAUUUCAUUUCCCCAAAGAGGCGGGAGACAGGCGUCAAACUUUCAGCGCGUCAGGAGAUUCCUGCGCGGUUCCGUCGGAUGUUUACGGUGCCGAGUUGAGCGGGUCGGGCCAACCCCGGAAGCCGUGAAAAGCGGACCCGAUUGAGGAUGAGAGCGCUCCUCUCGUGGCGGACAGCCGGGCGGCUAUGAGGAUCUAAGUCGGCUCUCGGGGAAAAACGGAACCAGACCACACCGGACCAACAGAAUGCGGGAGCGGGGCCCUUGUACGGGAGGGGUGGCCGUGUGGAGUCUGCUGCUGUCGCUUUGUCUGGCCUCCCCCACGCAGGCCCACAGGAGCCACGCAGUUCACGUGAAGGCGGGCACGUGCGAGGUGAUCGCCGCUCAUCGCUGCUGCAACAAGAACAAAAUUGAGGAGCGAUCGCAAACGGUCAAAUGUUCCUGCUUCCCCGGACAAGUGGCCGGAACUACUCGGGCCAUGCCCUCUUGUGUCGACGCCUCCAUCGUUGCGCAGAAGUGGUGGUGCCAGAUGGAGCCGUGUAUGGAAGGGGAGGAGUGCAAGGUUCUUCCGGACCUCACCGGGUGGAGCUGCAGCACCGGCAACAAAGUCAAGACGACAAAGGUGACGCGAUAGUUCAAAAAAAAAAAAAAAAAAAAAAAAAAAAAAAGAAAGCAGAACAGCGCGGCGGAUGCCGUGUUGACACAACGCGGCACGGGACCCCCAAGCACGGUGCGAGCGGACUCUGACGGACUUCGGUGAAAAUUUCCUUUCCUUUUUGUCCGAAAAGACAAGACUCAAACGGCCGCCGAGUACUGCGGAAAAGGAGAUCUUUUACUCGGACAGCAACUUUGAAACGUGAAGACGAGCGGCUCGAGGAGCUUUUUCCCUCCAGCACGCCGUAUUAUUCAAAGCUCUUUCUACUAUGACUUAGUCGUGUUCCGUUUACACGGGCCAGAAUUGUGGGCCGGGGUUCUGAUGUGAAGCAUCACAGGAAACAUUCAAACGGCUUCAAAUGUUUCCCAGUGACGAAAGCUUUCCGUCAACGUGGCAACAUUUGACCUGGAAAUGUUUGCUAUUUCUUUUGUAGCGGGCCGUCUUUUUUCUGUUCUGGCUUGAGUUUAGGCUGAAUAUCCAAUAUGAAAUAUUAUGGUACACGUGUAAAAAUGCUCCAUAGAUUCAGUGAGACGAAAGUGAAUUGAUGCUCAAAUGGUUUUAAUAUCUGUGUUUUGAAACACCAGUUAACUGCUAUUGAGUAUGUGUCAGUAUUAUAUGAAAUCAAUAAAGCCUUUCAAAAGAAAAUGGAAAUCUCUGUCGUUCCACGUGACAACUCACAAUAUAGCAGAAUGAUUCAAUUAGUAAAUGUCGGAUGAACCCUCCAAAACGGGGGGUUUGCUUAAUUCAAUGUCAAAGAACUGGAAUCAAAGAUCAAACUAAUUACAUUGAGAUGAUAACCGUAAAGUUCUUUCUGAAGAAAGUUCUUCUCUUUUCUCUGUCCAACAUUGAAACACAAAUAAUCUCGUACAAUAUUACAGUUUAUUUUUGUAGUCCAUUGUCAGGUAGUCAGAUUUUUGGUAGUUUCCGUACGGUGUCCCUCAAGGGUCAAUUCUAGGUCCUCCUCACACUUGAUUUAAGGAUCGUCCACCUUUUACAGUACUGACUAUACUUAACUUUGUAGAUCUGCCUGCAACCAAAUACUAGUUAGUAGUCUCAACCUCUCUGGUGGUAAGUGAACAAACGUACACUUCAUUACCAACAUGAAAAAUGUCAUUGCUCGGGUUCACCGUUCACUGGAAAUAAUAAGCUAUAUGUUUGGUAUUACUGUCAUUCAAAGUUUCAAAAACGGCAUCCACAACGCACGUCAGCAGCAAUUGCCUAAACUGUUACAUGGUACCGCUUGAACAACAUAAAUGGAGUUCUCCUUUCUCCGUUCCGCUUUCAAACGGCAAGUUUAAACCUCGAUGAUGUCCCUUUCUACGUUAUUAACGUUCAUGUACAAGAGCAACGACUUAGCUAUUUUCGGCACGUGUCAUUACAUGUGAUCUGACGACUGCAACGUUUCUUCCAAAUCAUCACGUUUGACAAAAGAUGAAAAGAACUUCUGCUCUCUCGUAUGACUUGCUGCAGUUACGCCAGGUGCAUGCAAGUUUCAAAAUAAAGUCUUUAAACGACACGAGAGUUGUAGGAUGCGCGAUCGCUGCGGAUCCAGACAAAUGCUCUAUUUACAAAAUAUCCUCAGCGCAGGUCGAAGGGGAUUUCUUUGUAUUUGACUGAUUGAUGACGGUUUCACUUUCCCAAGGAUUUCAGCGGACUUUUGGAUCCCAAUAAAAAGUCAACAGAGACAAGCGACCCUGCGGGGGGGGGUGCAAAUAACUUGGAGACGUAUCCCUCCCCACAGUUGAGCGUACUUAACCCCGCUGUACCAAAACUUGGAGGUGGUCCAUCGUGAGACGGGAAGCUGGCAUCUCACGAACCUCCCGAGAUACGUUGAGCUUCCUCUGCUCGCUUUGCUGUGCUUCUGAAAGCCGUUUUGCCAGCUCCCACCGGAAGCCACGCUCGGCUCAGGUAGUCGCCGCGCCGCCGCUUUUACUCCCGGCCCGUCGCCGUGCGACGUUUCGCGGCCGACGACGCUCUGGCACGGUGCGCUUCGUCUGCCGCAGAAUGCGCGGAGCGCAAACGUGCUCGGAAGAUGUCCGGCGUCCUCCUUUCUUCAGUUUUUGCACGUCAAGAUUGGAACCGGACCUGAGGCUACAGCGGACGUCACACGAGAAGUGCAACUAGGAAAGGAAAAAACACGAUAAUUGCAGCGGACUGCUGCGUUGAAGGCUUCUGCCACUGCACGAUGACGACUUUCAUUUCAGAGCAUUCUUUUUCCCGGUUUGCAAGAACCAAUCAGCCACGUCAGCUUUGGGAAAAUUGUCCUUUCAUCGCCGCGCACUUCCGCAAAACUUUUCAUUCCCGCCAUCGGGAGGAGCUCGACGGCGACUGCUUGCCUGGCGUUUCUGAUCUUCACCAAGAAGGCAAGUAUUCAUCUUGUCACGCGUGAAUGUGACA